AUGCUCAUUGGCUUUUUCCUUGGUUGCAGGUUGAAUUGCACCAUCUCCGUUGAAAUCACAAUCCGCGGCAAGCAUCAUCAGAUUCCCUUUCGUAGGGAUGCUUCCGUGUCCGAGAUUAGGGAUGCUUUGUUGGCGCUCGUCGAUCCCCGGGAACGACCCCACUCCUGGUUUGUGGCGCCAGGCGGGAUAACCCUCUGCAAGAACGACACUGAACCCCUGAAACUAAAGCCACUCCCUGAGGCUAUAACCGUAGAGCUGCGGCAUUUGCUCCCCGGGGGGUACCCCCGGCCAAACGCAGGGGAGGGAGAAGCAAGCGGCAGCGGGCGGUAUGCAGGACGGCAAGGGGUGUCCGGUGUCAAGCCGAGUGGGGCAACUUCAGAGCGGCGGGCCGGCAGGGGUGGGUGGGUACAGCAAUCGCUGGCCGGGGGGGAUACGAGAUCGGACGUUUUGAGUGCGGAGCAGGAGUGUGAGCAGGACGAAAAUCUUCGUAUUGCCGCUCGGGGGACGCCAGGGAAGCGGCGGGGGAGCGUCGACGGGGAGUCGGUCAUUUCGCCCAGGAGCCGGCAGGAGCUCAAGCGCUUCACGUCAUGGGAUGGGCAGGUAAUCCGCAAAAAUGGAGCCGACGAAGCUCGGGCACUUGGGGUGCAGAGAGGGUUGCCUGGUCAAGACGAUUCCGCGAGUUGUUUCAAGGUUUUGGGGAAGGCAGGGACGGACGCUGCCGGCGGCCUGCCUCACAUUCCAGAAGCCCCUACCCCCAUGGAACUUGAUGGUCUGCCCACAGCGAAAAGCAGCGCUUGCAACGGAGAAUUAGGGGCCCUAUCGGAAGUGGAAGACACCUUAUCGCAGGAGGUGUCAGAACUGAGCAUUUCGCGGGAGACCCUGCGGAGGCGCGUGGAGCCCCGUCCGCGUCUGGUGAGCCUGAGUUCGCCAGGGCCUUCUGAAAGCGAUCAGAGCAGCGGACAGAGGGUAAGUCGCGGAACGACCGAGGCCAAAGAGGCGGCGGGGACCAGUAGCGCAACGAGAGCAGGGGCGAAUGGAUGGGAGAGGAUUGCCCACCGCGCGCGGAUGGGUCAGACCCCGGGGAAAACGUACGCGGAAGUCGUCGCCAGCGACGCGAAAAUGGAAGUCUGCUAUCUUUGUGAAUCAGGCAAAGCGCCCCUUCGUGCUUGCGAGAGCAACGGAUGUGCACGGAGGUGGCACGCAGCGUGCACACGCACCCUGGCUGACGCGCUAGGGAGCCAGCAUCCAUUCCCGCUUGCAGUCACGUGGGCCGGCCUUUGCCCAGUGUGCGAGCAACUGUGCACCGCGCGCGCCUGCCGAGACGCCGCGCGCAAGGGCAAAGCGAUCGACCAGACGGUUAGCGGGGGGGCUUGCCACGUGGCAGCCCGACGUGCCUCGGGGGGUGAGGAAAUUGCGGGAGUUUCGGCGGCUUGGAGAAGAGGGGCACCGAAUGCAGCGACACGAGACUGGGCAGGGGCAGAGUCAGAUACGGUCCCAUCUGGCGCGCCAACGCAGCAUACGGUCGGUGGACAGCCGUGGCCAAGCCCGCUGCUUCCCGGGGACGGCGCGGGGCCGCCAACGGUUGCACAGGAUCCCAUGCCCACGAAGUCGGACUGCAACGGGACCCCAUCUGCUGUUCAAGAGGGACAGCUCUCGCAAGGCCUGGAAGAGUUCCAUUUAGCCAACGAGCAUGCUCAAGUUCGUGCACCGCCAGGCGCGUCGCUCCCGCCGAUUGGCCUGCCGAACCUCGGCAACACCUGCUACAUGAAUUCCGUCUUGCAGGCCCUGCUUGUAUUUGGCUCCUUCCACCGAUUCAUCGACCAAGAGCCAGUCGGACAUGUUGCAAUACGCUUCUGCACGUGCAGGUGUCUUUACGACAAAUGUGCAGACAACUCGCACGUGCGGCUGCCACCGGUGAUCGGGAUCUUGCACGCAGAGCCGUUACACGACUUGUACCAGCAGUCCAAACGGCCUUCCCAGACUUUCGACCGAAACAACAACAGGACGCCCAGCGACCAGUGUCGAAAUACUUCGGACGAAGUGAAGGAGGUAUCCUCCCUCAUCCACGUGCCGCUGCCGACCGACGCUUACGUCACCGGCGAUGCCGUCCGCCUUGAGGACUGCUUCAUCCGCAAGUGCAAAUCUGAGCGGCUCACAGACCUCACGUGCCAUACGUGCCACACGAAUCACGCCUUCGAGAGGGUGAUGCUGUACGAAGACCUCCCUAAGUGCCUGGUGGUGCAUCUGGCGCGCUUCUACACAGACCGGCUGGGGUCACACAAGCUGCACACGAACGUGUCUUACCCAAUGGACCUGGACCUCAGCGGCUGUGUGGUCGGGGCAAGGACCGCACGGUUCAAACUUCGUGGAGCCGUCUUUCAUAAGGGCGCACGUGUAACCAGCGGCCACUACUUUAGCCACGUGGAGAAAGGUGGGCGCUGGUACGAAUGCGACGACGACCGAGUUACUGAACUCCUGUGGUACAUGGCCGCCGAACGGCGGGAGAGUCGGGAGGUGUACACCCUAUUCUACGAAAAGCAAGAUGGAGAGCUACCGAUACCCUCGACCGCGCUUCAGUCCCUCGCUCGACAAGUUCAAGAGGGGGCCACCAUCAAGGACCACAAGGGGCUGGAAAACUUGGCGGGCCCGUCUGCGGGACAACUCCCUAGAACCAAAGGACAAGAAGAACGGCGAUCUGGGGAAAAAGUAGGGGUACAGAGUCUGGGAGGACGGCGAGCGGAGCCUGCGGCGAGCGAAAAUGGGGUGGUUUCGGCGGCGAGCGGAGAAGUGGGUCUCCAGGCGACUGCCAGGCCUCCUGACGUUAGAUCUCGUGGGUCCGACUGCCAGGCCGCACAAGAGGUCGCCGGUUGCGACGGGCGCGAGGGCGGAACGGGAGAGGCCGUACUAGGAGUUGGGCAUUCGGGGGGCGAAGGGACGGGGGUUACUGAAGAGCACGCGCUUGACGUGGGGGUCCCAAUGGCUGACUGGGCAACAGGUGCUCCACCGGUGGAGAGAGGGGUUGGGGACUCAACAAAAGAGCAGCCUCGAGAUAGCGCAGAGUCUCAAGGAACGGACAAAAGCGCUGCGGAUUGUACAGGAGGAGCGUCGGUGCGUAAUGGAAAGGCGGGACCGGGGUGCCGAAAGAAAAGUGGCAAACCUAACCGUCGGAGCAAACGGCGGUUGCAUCGAACGGGCGACUCACAAAGAGAGGGAGUCCCUAGCCCCCAGAGGCGGACGAGUGGGCGACCACGAGAGCAAGCUCGGCCUCAGCGCGUAACUCGGCGGCACGCGGCCUCCGGCGGGGACGGGGAUUCCGUCGACAUUGCAAGCGGAGGGGAACGUCUGCGCGAGGAAGACGCGUCGAGGGCGGGUAGCGAAGGGGCGGACGAUUGGAAGCAACGUCUCAUCGAGGAGAGACCCGGGCUCGACGAGAGCUGGGGUUUGAACGGGGGCGUGGGACCUGGGGGGGCUAGGUGGACGCCUCCGGCAGCUUCUGGAGAGCCUUGGGAGGCCAUGGCUGCCAAACGAGUCGGGGAAGAAGCAAGACGCAAAGCUCAGGAGAAGCCACCCGAGCCUGGCAGUGGUGCAGCAGACGAUGAGGACGCGGCACAGAACGAGUACCCAACGAGGGAGAAGGUUCCAGAAGACGGGCACCAGGCAUACCAACAUGCUCACGAGUCCGAGGGGUUCUUCUUCCUCAUCUGGGCGAACUCUUCACGUACGCCAAAGAUCAGAUGGUUCGCACCGGAUCUGACAGCCCGAAUCAGCUUCUUGGAACCGCAGGAAAACUCGAACAUGCCCAUAUUUGGAAACACUGCUUGCAUCUUCCACAGUUCUUCCUCCACCUUCGCCUCCUCGGGCUUCUUCGCUAUCUUACGCUACCUCUGUUUCGCGGAAAUGAAAUCGUCGACUGGGUCGACAUUGACGUCGACGACCUCCCCAGAUAUCUUGGAGCCUUCGGAAUACAAGGCCGGGGGCAUCGAAGGAGAGCUCCUGCGGUGGCUUCGCGGCGGCGCCGAGACGUGGGCAUCUGGGUCCAACGCCAGGGCGAAGUACGAAGAGCUCAACCAGAACCGGUCACCCACGGACCAGAUCGACUUCCUAACCAUUCUCUACUGGGCUGCGCGGGAGAUGCGGUCGAUGGCGACGUUCCAAGCCUGGUGCCGGGUCCUCGCUGCUUCAACAUAUGGCGGAGGGAGCCCUACGUGCACGUCGGUCGACCGAGCGGCUGAUCACGACCACACAACUUUCCCCCUGGUGUGGUUUGCUGUCUUGGUCAGCUACCUGUACGAAACCGGAAAGUUAAAACUACACCCAUUUCUGGCGUUCGGCACCCCCACGUCGGACGAGGACAAGAUGGAGCUUGAUGGUGUCCGUCACGUGGAGGAGGCGCUCGGACGGCAGCUCGUGGCCCUUUUGGGAAGCGGCCACAAGCUCGACAUCUUCCUCUUAUAUGCGCUGGUGCGCCUUCAGGUGAAAACAGCGACUGCCGCGAAAGUCGCUGAAGGUCAACACGGGGAGCUGAACUGGCCGGUAGAUGGGUGGACCAAGUCGGCGUACAGUGCUGGCGACCCCGCGCGCACCGACAAAGACGACCAGACGCGGCACUUCGAGGGUGUCGCAGUGAUGCUUCCGGGGCGAAGUUGGGCGGAGGAGAACCCGGGGACAGUAAAGAAGAACCUAAAGAAGAUGUCCGAACUCGGUCGGCGCCGGUGGUCGCAGCUCGUAACGGAGAGACGGUUAAGAACCAUGGUCCCGAUUCCCCUCCCCACGCUCUUACUGCUGAAAAACAUCGGUUUCCACCGGAAAGGCGAGUACGUCCCCAGAACAUACGCAACCCUCACAAUUUUGACAAGAAGGAUUGGUCACCGCGAGAAAGUCGACGUCGGCGAAAGGGGGGGCGGGGGCCUGGUGGAAAACGGGGGUACGAUGCUUCUGCUGGAAGAGGGGGGGACCCUGGAGGCAGACAUCAAGGAACUACUCGACGGGUACGAGUGCAUUAACCUCGAGGAGCUUCCCCAUUCGGUACAACGGGUGAUGGAACGCGCCAAGGAGUUCGCCUUGGUCCCUUUCAACCGCCCCCCGGAAAUGCAGGCUUGGCUCGAAGCCAUGACCGGCUCUCUUAGCUCUUUCAGGCCUUGGCAGGGAGCUCGGCCGGGGUACCGAGGGCUUGACGCCCAAAGAAUUCAAGCCGGGGGCCCCCACUACAUCGUCACCGCUUCGUGGGACGCCUCCUUCGUCCUCAUGAAGACCAAAAAAUUGAACUACGAAAAAAAUCUGAAGUGGGCGCUAAACAAAAGCAGCAUUUUCCGGGGGGUCUCGAAGGACAACGGCCGGCGCCAGGUGGACGGCUUCCGAGUGGACGUCCAGAAGCCGGGGGGGGGACAGUGGCCGCUCCACAACAUUGUGGACCAGUUCGUGGGGGCAAUGAUACGGGACAGAGCCUGGCACGCGAAUCGGAAAAGCACGGGGGGUUUGAACUGUCUACCGCCCGGGUGGGGUCCAGAGCACCUCGAGCGCAUCCCCUACAACCGGCGAUGGAUCGUCUGUGUGGAGAUGGGGGGCGUGGAAUGGGCUUGGAAGAGGGCGGUCGAGGCGCGGGUUACCCGGCUGACUCUGGCGGAUGCGUACGCCAUCGCGCGCGCGCCCCUCCGCGCCGUGAUCGAGCGACGCCAUCUGCUCGGGGGGGAAGACCGGCCAGAUGCCGCAACGGUGCUGCGGAAUCGAGUGAUAGAGCCCCUUCGGGAGGUCGUCCUGUCGUGGCACGCCGACCGGGAGAUCUUGACGUCGUGGCCUAGCGCUGAGGGGAGCAGCGCCGGCGGAGCUUCCAACGCUGCUCAGGCGGAAGAGCGUGCGGCAGACGCCAACGCCGGGCAAGCCUGCCCCGCCUGCGGUGCAGCAGAACACGGACAGGAGGCAUGCCCGGGCUUGGACGCAAAUGUGGGGGCCAGAGAUUCGGACUCGGGAGGAAAUGAGCGGAACGUUGCUGUCAGGGGCAGAGGCCGCGGCCGGGGUAGGCCCGGGAGAGGCAGGACGCAGAGCCGACGCGGGCGGGAACAAGGACAGGAAAGAAGGUGCCCGCUCUGCGGACCACUUUGCACGGAAUUGUCCGAGCAGACCACAGGAAGGACAACGGCGGUCGCUGCGAAGGCGACGGUGAAGGAAGCGAGACCGAUGCCGCCGAAGGCCAACUCGGCAAAAAGUUGGGGAGAGUUCAGUUGCUUCUAG